UCCCCUCCGAGGGAGCUCGAUGCCCGAGAGAUAAAACCCCAGGAAGGAGUCCGGAGUGAAGACUCAUUGCGUCCAAUCUCUCUCAAGCUCUAUCCUGCACCCUGUCAACCACCAUGGAGGAAAAGACAUCCGUGGGCGUGACCGCUCACAAUGAGACCCUGACUCAGGUCGAGAAGCCAGGGCUGGCGGACCCGGCUGACCGCCGCCAGUCCUUUGCUGUCAAUCUCGUUGAGAACCCGCUGAUGCGCAGUUCACCGGAACAGGCGGUUCUGGCUGCCCGAGCUUUCGCCGAGUCGCACCAGAUGGCCGAGCAUGCAGAUCUGUUUGGUCGCGCCGCCCUGGUCGCGCGGGACCCCCAACGCUUCGAGAUGAUUACCGAGCUCAAUGAGGAGGAGCGCGCCGCCCUCACAUAUGAGCGCGAUCACAAAUGGCACGGCCCCUUCAUGCUCUGGUACUCGAUCGCUUUGUGCGCCGUCGGCGCCGCCACCCAGGGAUGGGAUCAGACGGGAUCGAACGGCGCCAACCUCUCGUUCCCGCAAGAAUUUGGCCUGGUUGGAACGGCGAGAGCGGAAUGGAUCGUGGGUGUGAUCAAUGCGAUCAUUUUCUUGACUGCUGGUCUUAUUGGCGCCUUUAUCGUCGAUCCACUGAACCACUACUUAGGCCGACGAGGCGAGAUUUUUGUUACAGCUUGCUGUCUCACGGCCACCCCAAUAGGCUCGGCCUUUGCCAAAUCCUGGCAAGGGCUUUUCGCCGCGCGAUUCGUCAUGGGUAUUGGCAUCGGCGCAAAGAACGCUACGGUACCCAUCUACUCCGCUGAGAUGGCCCCGGCUCGUAUUCGAGGUGCUCUGGUCAUGUUCUGGCAACUGUGGGUGGUAGCCGGUAUUUUCUUGGGCUUCUGCGCCAAUGUGAUUGUGAAAGACACCGGAGAUAUCUCUUGGCGUCUCCAACUCGGUUCGGCAUUCAUCCCGUCUUUCAUCCUCGGCGCAGGCAUCUAUUUCUGUCCCGAAUCGCCUCGUUGGCUCAUGAAGCACGGGAAGCAUGCGUCUGGAUUCCAAUCCAUGAUGCGCUUGCGAGCUCAUCCCAUCAUCGCCGCCAGAGACUUCUAUUAUUCGUGGAUUAUCUACGAAGAGGAGCUCAAAGAAGCCCGCGGCGCCGGCUACUUCGCCCGUAUGUGGGACUGUUUCGCCGUGCCGAGGAUUCGGCGCGCUAACUACGGCGCCUCGACCGUCAUGCUUGCCCAGCAAAUGUGCGGCAUUAACAUCAUCUCUUUCUACAGCUCAACGAUUUUCGAAGAUGUCGGCUACACCUCUGAGCAGGCCUUGUACGCGUCUCUUGGCUAUGGCGCUAUUCAGGUCGUGUCCACUAUCCCUACUCUCUUCCUCAUCGACACCAAAGGUCGACGCACCCUGACGUUGGCUACCUUUCCCCUCAUGUGUAUCUUUUUAUUAGCUGGUGGUCUGUCGCUUCUGAAAACUGAGGGUACUAAAGGCGAACGGAUCGGACCAGUUGUCCUGUUUGUCUACCUCUUCACGAUCUGCUAUUCGUUGGGUGAAGGACCCGUCGCUUUCCAGUACUCCGCCGAAGUGUUUCCCACCAUUCAGCGAGAGCAAGGAAUGGCAUGGGCCGUUUGCAUCAACAACACCUUUGCGGGUGUGCUCAGUCUCACCUUCCCUCGAAUGCGGACCGUCAUGACUCCAACCGGCGCUUUCGGGUUCUAUGCCGGACUCAACCUUAUCGCUUGGUUUAUGAUAUUCUGCUUCGUCAGGGAGACGAAGCAGCUAACGCUGGAGGAGUUGGAUCAGGUCUUCUCGGUUCCAACCAAGGACUUCAUCCGCCACGAGUUGACCGUGUGGCUUCCGUAUUUCAUCAAGCGGCACAUCUUCCGUCGGAAUAUCGAGAAGCCACCGCCGAUCAUCGCGGCAGCCGACACCGCUGUGGGCAUCCGUGCGGCAUAAUGUUUAUCGAUAUUGGUUGAACGUACAGUCGUGAUGAAUCAAGUCGUGGAGACUGCCGGAUAGGACCACAAUAGUAAAGGAUAUUGAAACCUAAUCGCUCCCCCAACGGAAGUGCAGGAACAUGGUAUAUUAGAGAUGCAGCUGUUGAUGAUCAAACCUUAGAUAACCCGCUCUAUUAUUGUAACUACUGAUCUAUUCCUUUUUUGUUUCGCUAUUCUAUUCCUCCUUCAUGCCAAGCUGUCUACCAUGUACUCAUCUACGAGAGCCAUUAAUUGGAGAGUGGUGGGAAGGCGCCCCAUAGGACACCUCGCUAUUGGACAAUCCCCUUCCGCAGUUUAUUGCCUCCGUACGAUCUUCAUUUAGUCUAAUUAUGAGGUAUAUUGCCUGAAAUUUAAGUAGACAUUUGGGAGUGUUUCGGGAUUUCAGAUGUUGAAAAUCAAGCGUUUGCUUUUGA